AUCGCCCCCCCUGAGAAUUUGGCGAAAGCGUGUAAAAAAUAUUUAGCUCUCUCUUACUUUAUAUUAUAAAAUAAAUUCCAUAUUAAUCAUAAUCGCUCACGAGAUAUGCCAGUUUAAAUGUAUUUUUUCUCAAUCCCUUAUCCCUUCUGACUGAGACGCAUAUGUUUGGAUGGAACCGCAUCGUUUUCGGUGCGCAUGCCGCAUGCACUGAUGAUGUCCGGUCUAGGCUUAUCCAGUUGAGAAAUGAAAUAGGUGGGCUGAACGGCCGAUCUGAUACGUCUAGUAGUACGGUAGUGCUCACAAUUUAUAUACUGUUAUUCAUAGAACUUAUAUUAACGUGUUAAAAGUGUUUUUUGUGCAACGUGUAAGUAUUAUAUAAUAUACUUUAUUUCUCACUUGACCUUAAAUAAAAUAGGCUUAUUUUUACGAGGUAGUUAUCUAUUGUGUGUAAAGGUAAAAAAUACUUUUUUAUGAAUUAAAAUAACAUCAUUUGCGUCUAUGAAGUACAAUUACAAUAUUUAUUUCAAAAAUUGUGCUUGAAGUAAUAACAUUUUUUAUAAGUACCCUUCCUACUUUAAGAAAAUAAGUUAUUCCUGUAUCGCAGUUGAGAUAUUCAACUGUGCAAGGUAGGUAUUUUAAUCUACAAAUUUUAAUUAACUUAGAUGAAUUUUUUACUUCUCUAAAAGGUUUUAAAAAUAUUUUUCAAUGCAACUAAAUUAUCCAUUUGGUCUUAUUCUGUCCAUUUAUCGGCCUACUCCCCGGUUAAAUGCGUUAAUUUAUUUGACACCUAACACUUAGCUGAUUGAAUGCAUCAAUUUAAUUAGCCUACUGUAUUUGUAGAAAAAUGGACAUAAGGAAGUUCUUUAACAAGCCAAACAAGCGGCUGAAAAUUGAUGAUGGAUCUGACAUACCGAACAGUACCGAAAACAGUAGUAUAGUAUGCAGUCAAAAUGAUUUAGCUGUAGCAGGGCCAUCUAGCUUGGAGUCAGCUGUAUCCGCCUCUCAAAGAGAAACUAACGUUGUAACGGCCACCGCAUCGGAUAAUUUUGCGAUUGUUGAAGACAGUUUAAAUUUGGAUGUUGGGAACUACCUUGAUACUAAUAAAAUGUGUAGCUUGAACGAUCGCUUGAAAUUUACUUUGUUAACAAACCCAUGGAAGCCAGAUAAAUGUUACAAUUUCAAGUAUGAUAUUGACGAUGGCAAACGACCAUUUAUCCAUGAAUGGUUAAAUACGUACCCCUGGUUAGCUUAUUCAAAAGAAGUUAAAGGUGGGCUAUGCAAGUUGUGUGUACUGUUUAGGCCCCGCGUAACCCAUGGUAGUUAUCAAAGCGGCUUUAUAAAUCGCCCAUUCACCAAUUUCAGAAAGUUUCAUGAAAAUGCGAAAUCGCAUAUGAACUCUGAAUGGCACAGACAAGCAUCUGAAAACUCAAGUAACUUUAUAUCUGUCAUGAAAAAUGAAAAGAAAAAUGUUGAAUGUCUUGCAAAUUAUGGUUUGGCCAAGCAAAUUGAAUCGAACAGAGCGAAACUGUGGUUCGACCUUUGGAAAAACACGGAGAUAGAUGCCAAAGCCUUGGAAAAACUGAACUUAAUAGAGGUUCUUGAGCAUGAGCAUGCCUGCUUUUUGCCGUCAGUAGCAAAAGCCAUCCAAAUAGCUCUUUAUCUGCCACCAACAACUUGCACCAUCGAGCGAUCAUUCAGCACUCUCAAACGUGUGAAGACCUGGAUAAGGAAUACGAUGUCGAACAAUCGUCUAAGUGGGCUAUGCCUGUUAUCUGUACACAGAAGAAAAAUAAAAGAAAAUAUAGAAAACUUCAUGCAGAAAGUAAUUGAUUUAUUGGCGAUGGACACCAGAAUUCAAUUAUUAUUUAAGUAACAUUUUACUGACACUAACCGUGUUGCGUUUUAAACAGCAAAACAAUUUUUCUUGUAUUUUUUGUUUCAAUACCCUUUGCCCCCCCCUGAGGAAAUAUCCUGUGGGCG